AUGGCUACGCGGGCUUCUGGCAAGCGGCUCCGCGAAGAGACCGCAGAGGACACUCUCGACGGCAUCCUACGCGACGUCCAGCGUAAAUGCGGCAGACACCCCCAAGGACAUAUAGAGACGUCCCCCGUCGGCAUCAAGGUGAUCGAUGACAUGCUACGCAUCUUCCAUAGGCCGCCGCGUCCUCGCCCCGGAGUGCCUGAUCGCCACAAAGUGCUGGAGAUUGUCGGCCCCAGACGCGGCCUGGGCAGGGGCAGCGGCAAGACCUCACUGCUAUACUAUAUCGCUGCCGUAGGCAUACUGCCGGCGUCCUUUAACGGCAUCCAUCUCGGCGGACAGGACGGGGCUGUGGUAUUUCUUGACUCGGAGAACCAUUUCAACGCUGCCCGGCUGCGUGAUGUAGCUCUACAUUACGCGCGCGAGACCAUCUACAUACAGAAGCAGAAACAGCGCGGCGCCGGGCUGUCUCCCCGUAAGCAGCAAAGAGAAGACGAGGCUGAGCUGCGCAAUAUGGUGACGGCUUGCCUGCAGCAUGUCCAUGUCUUCAAGCCUACCUCGUCAGAAUCUGUCGUCGCAACUCUACAGUCACUGGAGGAAUAUCUGCUUGACACAAUGCGCCAUCUUUCUGCUCAAAGAAAGCUUCAUUCUAUCAUGCUGGAUAGCACCUCUACAUUCUACUUCAAGGACAAACGACAAGCGCUCAUAGACAGUCUUCCAACGGAGGUGCCUAAAUUCCCCUGGGCCGAACCGCCGCCGCUCUAUCAGAUCGUCCACUCAGCCAAGUAUAUAGUCCAAUGUCUGCGCCAGCUCCAAGACCGCUUUGCAUGUACUGUUGUCUACACCGCCACCGGCAGGAGGAGGGCUGACCUACACACUCCCACGCAGAGCGGCUAUGGGUAUCCGGCCGAGCUACUGUACCCGCGUCCAAAGGUCAUGUCCUUUAUUCCCCAUUUACCCCCACGCAUGGAGGUCCUACUCAACAGUGCGCUUAGUAGUCCGACGCGAUGCAGUGCGUAA